GGCCACUUCUCCUGUAUGGUGGAUAUCCUGCUCAACACUUCUUUCUUGGAUGAUAUGGGGGAUCAUUCAAAAAAGAAGUCGGGAAUCGCAAUGUGUGUGGGCUGUGGAAGUCAGAUACACGACCAGUACAUCCUGAGAGUCUCCCCGGACCUGGAGUGGCAUGCAGCCUGCCUCAAGUGCGCGGAGUGCAGCCAGUACCUGGACGAGACGUGCACUUGCUUCGUGCGAGACGGAAAGACUUACUGUAAACGAGACUAUGCAAGGUUAUUUGGCAUCAAAUGUGCAAAGUGUAACAUGGGCUUCUGCAGCAGCGACCUGGUGAUGCGAGCCCGGGACAGCGUCUACCACAUGGAGUGUUUUCGGUGCUCGGUGUGCAGUCGACACCUCCUGCCCGGGGACGAGUUCUGCCUGCGGGACGAGGAGCUGCUGUGCCGGGCGGACCACGGUCUGCUGGCGGAGCGGAGCUCUGCUGGGAGCCCGCUCAGCCCGGGCAGCAUCCACAGCAGACCGCUGCACAUCUCAGAACCGGUUUCGGUCCGCCACCCCCCACAUCACCGGGGCCACGUCCACAAGCAGUCCGAGAAGACCACCCGGAUCCGCACGGUGCUGAACGAGAAGCAGCUCCACACCCUGCGGACCUGCUACAACGCCAACCCGCGGCCGGACGCCCUGAUGAAGGAGCAGCUGGUGGAGAUGACCAGUCUCAGCCCCCGGGUGAUCCGCGUCUGGUUCCAGAACAAGCGCUGCAAAGACAAGAAGAGGACCAUCCUCAUGAAGCAGCUGCAGCUGCAGGAGCACAGCGACAAGACCAACCUGCAGGGCAUGACGGGAACCCCUCUGGUGGCCGGCAGCCCCAUCCGGCAUGACAACACGGUGCAGGGGAACCCGGUGGAGGUGCAGACCUACCAGCCUCCCUGGAAAACCCUCAGCGACUUCGCCCUGCAGAGCGACCUGGACCAGCCCGCCUUCCAACAACUGGUGUCCUUCUCUGAGUCCGGUUCUCUGGGCAACUCCUCGGGCAGCGACGUGACCUCCCUGUCGUCGCAGUUACCGGACACACCGAACAGCAUGGUGCCGAGUCCGGUGGACACGUGA